AUGUCGCAUAAUGAUCAGUUCCACAUCGCGACGAGAAUAAUAAAUGUUUCCUUUGCUCGGGUUGGGGCUCGUGUGAGACUGUGCACACUACGCGUAACUCGCCUUAGAGUAUGCGGCGCACUAGGCGAAGCUGGCGGCGGGGCUGCGGCUGGCAAUGCGGGUGCAGUAACGCUGGCGGCUCGAAUGCACAGCAGCAAGCGCACACUUCGCUCUAACGAUAUCAUCGUACCCCCAAUGGAUGUGGAGCUGGAUCUUUGCUUCUCCCUGCAGUACCCGCACUUUGUAAAACGUGAUGGCAACAGGUUGCAAAUUAUGCUACAGCGUCGCAAGAAGUACAAAAACCGCACGAUACUGGGCUACAAAACCCUCGCUGAAGGUGUUAUUAGGAUGGAUCAGGUGCUUCAACGUUCUAUGGACAUGGAGCUGGAAUUAACCAGUGUGGGAGGUAAAGUGGGUGCGCCAGCUGGGCAGCCAGUGGCAAGACUGACCAUCACUGGCUUGGCUUCUACGCCCGUCGAUCAUGACACUAAGAAUAACAACACUUUACUUAUUACCGAAAGAGGAUACUCUGAUGAAGAGGAGGAAGGCGAGUUCAGUUCGGUGGAAGAGGCUGAUGAGAUGACAUAUGGUGCACCUGCCAGGAGACGACCGCACAGGCAGAUCGAGUUCAACAAGGCAGACUUUAGUUACACCAAGCUGGGGUACAUGGACAGAGAGAGACAGAGCUAUAUCCACUCUAAGGCGCAUGAGAGGGACAGCGAUAGUGAACUCGAACACGCCCCGACCAAGCGCAAAGGCAGCCGCGGCAAGCUCGCGCAAAGGAAUCUGAAGCAGAAAUUCGCAGCACUUUUGCGUCGAUUUCGCGUUCCCGAAGAAUUGGGUGAGCGCGGGGCGGUGCGAGACAACCACAAUGCACAGCGGGACAUAGAUGAAUUAUUUCAGGAUUUGGAUUCUCUAUCAUGUGGCGAGGGUGACGAUUCAGGUCCCGAUCAGAUGGACACCAUCAGCAUCGGUUCCACGCCUAAACCCUCGCUUAGACCGUUCUUCAGCAGCUCCAGGAGUCUUGCUAAUCAAGACCAUCAUAGACAUUCCAAUGUGACACGACACGCGAGCCUCGCGUCCGCUGCUGAGUUGCGGCCGCGGAACCGGCAUCAGCCCACACUAUCAUUCACAGAAUCGGAAGCAGUUCGUAGCUCAGCCGGGGACGAGCGUGGCAGUGAGGGUAAUAGCGAUGGAGAUGCUACUCUCGAUGCACCAGUCUCAGGUGCAUCCGUAUCGAGCUCGCCGCCAAAUGAGAUUAAGGAGGACAAACGUUCACGCCUUUUUCGUAGUGCUACUAGCGGUGGAAACUUAACUCCGGCCUCAGGAGCCAGGAAGAAAAAUUCUCUAGUUAUUGGCACUGAACGACCGUUGUCUGCGCACGAUUUGCCUGCCUUAAGUCCGACAGCACUAGAGCCUCGUCGUACAAUGGCCGAGCAAGUUAGCCGAGUGUUAGGUGAAGAGGGCCCUUUACCAGAGUGUGUAGCGGUGGCCCAUGGGUCUCUUGCGCGUUCUUUGCAGGCCCUUGCUAUACCUACUGUUGUGGCCCCUCCGGGAGUUGUACCCGAUGCAAGGCCCCUAUUACAGGCAGUGCUUGCUAGAGCUACUAAACAGGGCAGUCGUCGCGCGUUGCGUAUCUGCGUGUGUGGCGGAGAAGCAGCGGCAGCGGGUGUGCUACGAGCGCACGCUGAGCUCGCCGCAAGACGACCGCAUGACGCCCCGCCCAUAAGAUACUACGUUAUACCUGUCGGUCAAUGCACCGUGGCUCGCUACAUGUCAGCUGCGGACCCGGCGUACGCGGCAUUGUUCGCUAACGAAACGUGGGCGGGGCUUUGCGAUCGCGCGCCGGACGCACACAUGCCUGAUAUCGCUGAGAUGUCUUCCAGAAUCGCUAGGUAUUUGAAUAGCAUCGGCCCAGUGAAUAACAUUCCAAUUGGCGAAGCAAUGAUCGCGUACAGAGACAAAUCUGCCGAUGAAGACUCUAGUCAGACGUUUGUUCCUUUCAUAGCGGAAGUCCGUGUAGGUUGGUCGGAGACGUGCGGUACAUCGUUAGAGGGAGAAGAGGGUUCACCUCCCGCUCGCCCUUCGCCCCCUGCGACGCCGGCGCCGGAUCCCCUGCCGCCUGCACAUGACCCGCUUGAGUUGCAACUGGACUAUUGGCUGGUGGGUGGAACCGGGGGUAAAAGCGCAGAAGGUAGCGAGACGAGCGGUGGGGGUAAGGUGACGGUGAAGGCAGCCUUCCGAGCGCUUCUUGUCACAAGACACAACCAUCAUCUGGCCAUCACCUAUCUCACAAAGGAAAAGAAACAAAAAAUAAUGCGUCUGGGCAAGAAGAAAGAAAAGAGUGGAGAAAGUGAGGCAGGCCGUGCGCAUAACGUUGAAGGUGUCGCCAGACUGAUUUGUUCCGCUAAAGGCUCGCAUACUCCGCUCAAAGUUUACAUCGACGGCACAGAAUGGAACGGUGUGAAGUUCUUCCAAUUAUCGACGCAAUGGCAAACUCACGUGAAGUCGUUCCCGGUUGCGACUUGCGGCGGCCCGUUACCCUCACUCGCUCCCCUCGCCCCGCAAGAAACUUAG